CCUCUCCUUCCCGAACUCAAGCCGCACAUUCCUAGAACCCCAUCUCCCCAAAAAUGACCAGCUCAAGCCCAACCUCCCCUUCACAACCCUCACAUUCGCAACCUCCCUAGACUCAUCUCUAGCGCUGGCCCCGGGGACCAGGACCGCGCUUUCCGGCCCACAAUCCAAGGCCAUGACACAUUACCUCCGCUCCCGACACGAUGCCAUCUUAAUCGGCGUCGGCACCGCGGUGGCCGACAACCCCGGCCUCAACUGCCGGAUAGAGGGCGUAGGCGGCUACGGCAGCGAGGGACUAACAGGCCAACCUCGCCCAAUAGUAGUCGAUCCGAGCGUUAGAUGGGAGUUUACUGAGGAGUCAAAGAUCCUGGAGCUAGUGCGGGAAGGAAGGGGCCAGGCGCCAUUUAUCAUUAGCAGUAACGAUUCUACCCCGUCUGCUUCAAAGAAAGAGUUACUAGAAAGACAUGGCGGGAAGUUUAUCCCCCUUGAUGUCAUGGUUACUGAAUCUGGGGAACGACGGAUUGACUGGACGGUUUUGCUAGAGUGUCUCAAGCAGGAAGGGUUACAGAGUGUAAUGAUUGAAGGGGGUGGCGCGAUUAUUAAUUCUCUGCUGGAACCGGCGUAUGCGCAUCUUAUUGAUUCGGUUAUUGUCACCAUUGCGCCGACGUGGUUGGGGCAGGGAGGGGUUGUGGUUUCGCCGCGGAGGAGGUUGGAUGGGAAUGGAAAUGCUGUUCCCGCGGCGAGGCUGAGGGAUGUCAAAUGGUAUCCUUUUGGGGAGGAUGUGGUGCUCUGUGGGAGGGUAUAAAUAUGACUUAAGGGGUUUUACGGGCAUCACUAUACUUAUUUACCCAGCAUCCAUUACUGGGUCAUUUGAAGAUAGAGUCGAUUUAUGACUAAAUAUCCAAAGCUGCAGCAGUUGUUGGCACAGUUCGACAUUACGUUUGUCUACGUCUGCAUAAGAGGCUGCCCCUUUUUUGCCGAAGAUGUGCUAAGAGCUGCCUGCAUGGCCUCAAGUAUGUGAGCGUAUCCCGCGAGCAUCUCCGCAAGAAUGUCCAUGGGAAUAUGUGCAGUGAUGCCCACGGCAAUAUCCACGCAAAGAUCCACGGGAACAUCCGCGGGGAGCGUCGAACGACGGGGGUAACGAUGGCUGUGAUCGGACUUUCUUGAUACAUUUGGUUAUACAUGAAGCUUCGAACUCCCUUAGCGAUUCCAUUGGUAAUAGCAGCUACUAGCCUCUCAUCAAACAUGAGACUCCGAGUCCGUUGAACAACACCUAGACGUCCAGCACGAUACUCUCUUCUGCUCCUCUAUCAAAUGAACGUAGAAGUCGAGAGAUUAAAUCCAGACCCUCAGAUGGUAAUGAGGGACGAUUUUUAAAGAGUUAAAAUCCGC